CCCACGAGGAGGAGCCUCCACGCGUGCGCAUCUGCGCCUUCUCCCAAAACCUGUAUUGACAUCCUUUUUCCAAUCACAUCCAGAGAGGGGAGUAAUCGCAGGAUUUUUCAGUUUGAAUUAAGUCUCUUUUUCUUGUUCUGCUCUGGCAACACACACGAGAGACGAAAAGCAACAACUUAUUGUCUGAGAAAGUGGGAGAGAUUGAGAGAGUUGGGGGGAGAGAGUCCGACGCGCUCGUGAAGUUUGGAGAGGAGAACGCGCCGCAGAUGGCUGCUCUCAUCAGCGCGUACUCGUCGUGGCCGGAGUCCUUCGAGUGUCCUGCGGGAGACGGGGACGGGGCCGACGGACCCGGCUCGCACAGGACUCCCGCGGACAAGGCUCCGGAGCCGCGCAUCAGGCGGCCCAUGAACGCGUUCAUGGUGUGGGCCAAGGAUGAGCGCAAGCGCCUGGCGGUGCAGAACCCGGACCUGCACAACGCCGAGCUCAGCAAAAUGUUGGGCAAGUCCUGGAAGGCCCUGACUCCCCCUCAGAAGAGGCCUUACGUGGAGGAGGCAGAAAGGCUCCGGGUGCAGCACAUGCAGGACUACCCCAACUACAAAUAUCGGCCUCGCCGGAAGAAACAGCUGAAACGCAUUUGCAAGAGAGUGGACCCUGGCUUCCUCCUGAGCGGACUGGCUCCUGAUCACAGCGGCCUUCCCGAGCAACGGGUCCUUUGUCACCCUCUCGACAAAGAUGACCCCAAUGGACUCAGUGGGUUUUCCGGCUCCAGCUCUGCUCUGCCCAGCAUGAGAACCUUCCGAGACCCCGCUGGCUCCAACAGCAGCUUCGACACCUACCCCUACGGCCUGCCGACCCCUCCGGAGAUGUCCCCCUUAGAUGCCAUGGACCACGAGCAUGUUCCCCCCACCUAUUACCCAACAUCUGGGAGCUCGUCCGUCUCCUGCUCUUCCAUAGCGUCCUGUCCCGAAGAGCACCACCAGAAUCAGACACACUUGGGCAGCCCGCCCCCGUACCACCCUGACUACACUCACAGCCAGAUCCACUGUGGGGGCGCACACUUAGGUCACAUCCCUCACAUGCCUCCGACUGGAGGCGGCGGUGGACUGAUGCCCGGCCAUCCCUUGUCCUACUACAGUUCCUCAUCCUUCCAGCAGAUUCACCACGGGCUCCAACAGGGCCACCUGGGUCAGCUGUCCCCCCCACCAGAGACACAGGGUCAGCUGGAGACGUUAGACCAGCUGAGCCAGGCCGAGCUUCUGGGCGAGGUGGACCGCAACGAGUUUGACCAGUACCUGAACUCCACCGGGAGCGGGUUCCACCCCGAGCAGGGCGGCAGCAUGACUGUGACGGGACACAUUCAGGUGGCGUCGGCCGCCACCGCCUCUGCGUGUACCAGUAGCACCACGGAAACCAGCCUCAUCUCCGUGCUCGCGGACGCAACCGCGGCCUACUACAACAACUACGGCAUCUCGUAAGCCUGCCAAUCAGUUGAGUUGAAAGAUUCGGGACGAUGUUGCACUUGGGUGCUGAUAAGGAAAAAAAAAAAACGAAUUCUUCUCACCUUUAUGAGCACCUACAAGCAAAUUCAUCUGACCGUUAAAAGCUGAACUACUUACUGAGCAAUAUGAUUGUUUGGAGCUGGGGAAAGAACAAAAACAAGAUGAAAAAACUAAAUGAAGGAAAGAAGAUGGACACCUCAGGGAAGCAGACACAACAUACAAGAGUAUGCCACUUCCAGUUGUCGUGAACCUUUCUAAACCAGUAGAACAACGGUAAAAGGCUUGUUUGUCCACUUGUAAAUGCCACCACUUACCACUGAGACAUGUACAGAUGCUCUAUAGAAGCUAAUUUAAGUCCUUUGAUGUUUUGCAUAAAUGUAAUGCUAUUAUCCAUCCGAAUGUUUGUAUCAUAUGUUUUUGCUCUCAUCACUUUGGGAGUCUUACCUCAGUAGCUGUAUUUGAAUGAGGUUUUAGCGGGACAUCUCCUAAGAACAUGGUGUAUAAUGAAGAACGACAGGCAUUUUAGACUUCUUCUCAAGUACUUCGUUAUGUAUAAUCAACCUCUACAAUGAAGAAUAAUAAUGGUAACUAAUAAAUGUAUGCUGAUUUAGGUUUAUGAAAGACAACAUUUGAAAAUAAAGGUGAAUUUUUAUAAUGACGCCGUUGCUACUUGGAUGAUGCGCCCAUCAACAUCACAAAAGACCAUUUGUCAUUACAUUGUUAUUAACGGGAGAUGUUGGUAAUAACUGAUAUAUUGAAACACCACUGACUUGCAGGAGUUUAAAACAACCAGAUGCCUAAAUAAAGAAUAGAAAUAAAAAAAAAAAAUCAGGAGUUCUGCUAGUUUUUGUUAAGAUUUAUGCAGAAACUGGGGAAAACAUGUAUACUAUUAUUUUAAAUUAUUUGGUUGAUCUUUGAAUAGAGUGUUACGCCAUGUAUUGUUCUGUUUGGGGUUUUGUUG